CCCCUCUCAAAAUUGCCGGUAAGUAACGGCUCUCUUAAACCCUGCCUCUCCCCCCUGUCUCUGUCUCUCUCUCUAACAUAUGCUAAUUUAGUUCAGUGCCCGUUGCAUUCCUUAUAUAUCUCUCUCUUGAAUUGCUGUUACCAUAACGGCAUUCUGGAAAACCCUGAAGCCAUUCCAUGCUCAGUUACUUUCAUCAAUGGAGAAUCCUACGUUCUACUCGAAAUUCUUUAGUCCUAAGUCCAGUCGCGUCUCUCUUGUUCAAUAAACCCUCAGUUUCCGCUGCAGCAGCCUACGACGAUUACACCGCCGACGAUACUUACGCUUUUAACCCUAGAGACGUGGUUCGUGAAAUUCUCCUAGGUUUGAAAGCCUUCGGCACUAGAAAAUUUCUUCAAGAUCCUUCCUUUCGAACUCUUUUUUUGAUAUUAAGUGCCCCUCAAGCUGAUCGAAUCAUUGACAGCUUGAGGCUUGAGAACCAAGAGUCUGCCGUGGUGUUUUUUGAUUUGUUGAGAAAUGAGUAUGGAUUUCGGCAUUCUAGGGUUUCAUGGCUCGUCAUUUCGCACAUUUUGGCAGGAAACAUGCGGCGAAACGAGUUGUGCCUGAUGUUGAAGCAGAUGGUGGAAGAAGAAGGCUCUGGAUCUGCACCAGCUCUAUGUGAACUUCUGCGUGAUAGCUUCAAACAUUGGGAUUCAAGCGGUGUUGUGUGGGAUAUGUUGGUUUUUGCUUAUUCAAGAUCCGAUAUGAUUUGUGAUGCCCUUUUUGUUCUUGCCAAAAUGAAAGACCUUAAUUUCCAACCUUCCAUGCCGACUUACAACAGUUUGUUGCACAAUUUGAGACACACUGAUAUUAUGUGGGACAUAUAUGAUGAAAUCAAAUCCAGUGGUAUUUCUCAUAGUGAAUACACUAAUUCCAUCCUUAUAGAUGGCCUUUGCAGGCAAUCCAAGCUACAAGAAGCUGUUUUGUUCCUUCUGGAAACCUUUGGCAAGGAGUUUGAGCCUUCUGUUGUGUCAUUCAAUACACUCAUGUCAGAAUUCUGUAAAAUUGGCUUCUUAGAUGUUGCAAAGUCAUUUUUAUGUAUGAUGCUUAAGUUUGGCAUUUUUCCUGAUGCCUUCAGUUACAAUAUUCUCAUUCAUGGGUUGUGUAUAGCUGGUUGUGUGGAAGAAGCAUUGGAGUUUUCAAAUGACAUGCAGCGGCAUGGUGUGGAGCCGGAUGUAGUAACCUAUAACAUUCUUGCCAAAGGUUUUCGCCUACUGGGUUUGAUGAGUGGAGCUUGGAAGUUCAUUCAGGACCUUUUGCAUAAAGGAUUGAAUCCAGAUAUUUUUACAUAUACAAUAUUAAUCUGUGGACAUUGCCAAGCAGGCAACAUUGAUGAAGGCUUUAAGUUGUGGAAAGAGAUGUUUUCACGGGGUUUUCAGUUGAAUGUCAUUUUGUACAGUGUAUUUCUUAGCAGUUUGUGUAAGAGUGGGCAUGUUAAUGAAGCAAUUAGAUUGUUUUAUGAAAUGGAAGCAUCUGGCUUGAAACCAGACCUCAUAACAUAUUCUAUUCUCAUUCAUGGUCUCUGCAAGCAAGGAGAAUUACAAAGGGCUAUUCAAUUAUAUAAUGAGAUGUGCUCAAAGCAAAUCUUCCCUAAUUCUUUCGCACAUGGUUCUAUCUUGUUGGGCCUAUGUGAGAAAGGGAUGAUAUUUAAAGCACAGAUGUAUUUUGAUACCUUAACAGAAGGUGGCUUGUCAGAGGAUAUUGUCCUCUACAAUAUUAUGAUUGAUGGAUAUGCAAAAGUGGGUAAUAUUGGGAAUGCUGUACAAUUAUACAAAAAGAUAACUGAGAGAGGAAUUGCUCCAAGUAUUGUUACUUUUAAUUCUCUUAUUUAUGGGUUUUGUAAGACUGAUAAACUAGCUGAGGCUAGAAGUUUGUUAGAUUCCAUCAAGUUGUAUGGGUUGGUACCAAGUGCAGUAACUUACACAACUCUAAUUAAUGCAUACUGUGAAAAGGGAAAUAUGCAUGCCAUGUUUGAACUAAUUCAGGACAUGGAAGCAAAAGCUGUAGAGCCAACUCACGUUACUUGGACUGUAGUUCUGAAAGGACUCUGCAGACAGAGAAGGCUGCAAGAAUCCAUUCAAUUACUUGAGGAUAUGUAUUCUAAGGGUCUGCAUCCAGAUCAAAUCACGUAUAAUAUCAUCAUCCAAUGUUUCUGCAAAGCUAGAGACAUGAAAAAAGCUUUUGAAUUACAUGAUGAGAUGUUACUGCAUGAUCUUCAGCCUAGCCCUGUUACUUAUUAUCUUCUUAUCAAUGGGCUUUGUCUGGAUGGUGACUUGGGUGGGGCUGAUGAACUGAUGGUUACUCUUCAGGCUCAAAAUAUCAGAUUGACAAAAGUUGCUUACACGACAUUAAUAAAAGCACACUGUGCAAAAGGUACUGUAAAUAAGGCAGCAGUUCUCUUCCAUCAGAUGGUGGAGAAGGGGUUUGAAAUCUCAAUCAGAGACUAUAGUGCUGUAAUUAAUAGAUUGUGCAAAAGGUGUUUUAUAACUGACGCCAAAAUGUUCUUCGGUAUGAUGUUAGCUGAUGGCAUUUCUCCUGAUCAAGAAAUCUGUGGUGUGUUGCUUGAUGCAUUCCAUCGAGCUGGUGAUCUCAAUUCAAUAUUUGAAUAUCUUGCUGAAAUGAUCAAAUGUGGGUUAGAGCCUGAUUAAAAUCACUGAACUCACAAGGAAUUGAUUCUUGCGCUUUUCACAAAUGGAAAGAUUUUGGUUCACACAAAAGUUCAGCACAUCAGAUGAAUUCCGUGGUCCGCUCCUUCCCUGGACCCUGCAUGCAGGAGCUUUAUUCACCGGGCUGCCCUGACAACUUGUGUGAAAUAACUUUGACUAGGAGUGGGGAAGUUUUGCACAUCAUUGACCUGGCAGGAUAAUCUUCUUUCAUAGGAGUCGGCCUACUGAUGGCACAUAUGCAAGUUGUCAAAGGGAAUUGAUGAAAUGCACCCCAAAUCAUAAAGAGCUUGUGGUGGCCUGAGUAUUGACAGCUUAUGGAUUCUUCUAUACAAUAAUUUGAUCUUGGAGCUCAAAGAGAGAGAAGUGCUUGGUAUGUGGUGGGUGCUAGGAGAAGAGUUGGGUCAUUGUUAAAAGCUUUUAUGAUCUGCAACCAGAACAGCUCUGGGGGAGAUUUUGUUUAGCAUGCAAAAUAAAACCAAAUGGAUGGACUUGAAAUGAGGCAAAUGUUUCUGGUGCAGGUCAUCAGUUGUUUGCAGGUUCUAGUGGAACGGCUAACCUAGGUGCUGAUUUCUCUCCUUUUCCUUCUCCCUCCCUUCCCACAAAGGUUCUUUAGGGUGCCAUCAUUGUUGUUAUAUUUUGAAAACUAAUAAAUUAAAAAUCAAUUAUACCCAGGAUUCACAGAUGCAAGAAAUUGAAGCUGUGACUGGAGGGAAUGAAGCCGGCACAUGCAAUCAAGAGCAGUCUUUGCCAAAGCAGAAGAUGCAAAAAAUUUUGAACUUCUUAUAGGCAAGUAUUUUGGUCAUAGAGGUCUUGCAUGCUAUUAGGUAUGCUCUAGAUUAGUGCAAAAACUGAGCAGUAGCUUCUAAUCUUGAGCAAUUGCUUCAAAAUGACAGGAAAUGCGUGCUCCGCCCUCUCAGCAAUCAACCAUGGUUGUCCAGCUGUAUGGAAUCCCCUGGGGAAUGAAAAUGAUAGGUAGACCAGGAGGGGGUGGAAGACUUACUGCAAGUAAUCCUUACGAUUCAAUACCUUUUUGGCACACCAAUUAUUGGUUCGAUUUGAAUAAAUCACCUCCUACUGUAAUUCAAUGAUUGAAUGAAAUGCUAUUCAAUAAAAUUUGUUUUUGUGGGAUGCAACAUGAGCUCAAUAUUCA